UACCCAGCCCUGAGGACUCUACCCGUCAUGUCCAACUCCUGUGUGUUGCUCACCUGGGCUCUCCUUGCCCUCCUGGGACUUGGAACCUGCUGUGGUCCCAUGGUGCCCAGGAGCGAGUGGAAAGCGAAGGCAUCCAAGUGCUCCACUGGCCUACAGCAGCCAAUCCGCUACGUGGUGAUAUCGCACACGGCGGGCAGCACCUGCGACACCCCAGCAUCGUGCCAGCAGCAAGCCCGCAAUGUGCAACACUACCAUAUGAACACGCUGGACUGGUGCGACGUGGGCUACAACUUCCUUAUUGGAGAAGAUGGGCUCGUGUAUGAGGGCCGGGGCUGGAACAUCAAGGGUGCCCACACGGGCCCCACCUGGAACCCCAUAUCUAUUGGCAUCACCUUCAUGGGUAACUACAUGGAUCGGGUGCCCCCGCAACGGGCCCUCCGUGCCGCCCUGAGUCUUCUGGAAUGUGGGGUCGCUCAGGGAUUCCUGAGAUCCAACUAUGAGAUCAAAGGACACCGGGAUGUACAGCAGACUCUCUCUCCAGGCGACCAGCUCUAUGAAAUCAUCCAGGGUUGGCCACACUACCGAGCAUGAGAUCAUGUACCAGCCUGAAAUCCCACCUGCCUCCUGCUCCCUCCUCCCCACUGGUCACCUCUCCCCCAUCUGUCUGCCCAUCACAACCCCAUCCUCCAAUAAAGAUGCAGCAACACA